CUACAUUUCCCAGGCAGCAUAGGGUCGGAAGUAGAUAACUUCUGGUGUGCAGGCGGAGCUACCCCGGAUGGUCAGGUGGGAAUCAGAAGUCACUGGUUGGCCUCCACAGAGUAAGGCGGGAGACCGCAGGCGGGUGUGGGUGUGGCGAAUGGGUGUUGAUGUGUGGGCGUGUAGGAACUGUGGUGUGUGUACGUGUGUGUAUGUGCGUGUGUGUCUGUCAGUGUCUAACUGUAUACACACCUUGAGCUCUCUGCAUAAUCUGUGUCUCUUUGCUUGUCGCUGUCUGCUCCUGCUUUCUCUCAGGGACACAGGGACUAAAGCAGAGGACCAAGCUUCAGUAAGGGGAGGUCAGGUGCGGGGUCUGAAGGGAAGCUUUCCCCGAGGCUCAGACUUGAGCUUAGGGCUAUAAUUUAAGGACGGGGGUGUCGUCUAGGAGGGAGGGUACUUGUUGAGCUCCGUGACUGUCUCAGAGCUCUGCCGAAUCUGAAUAUCGAGGGAAGAGAAGGAAAGUUCUCACUGAGGAUGCUCUCAAAUGUAGUCUGCGAUCUCAUGUAUACUCGGGUUCCCUGCUUAGGCCAUUAUUCAAGAGGGAGGCUGGAGAAUAAUGAAAAUAUUAUCGCUACCCAUCUAAGAUUCAAGAGUGAGUGCUCUUUUCGGUUUGAGAACUGAGGUUUUAGUUUUAGAAUAUAGAAUUGUUAGGAAAUGAAGCAGGAGCAUGCAAAUUUACAACUGCACUAUUGUCCUUAGUGUCCCCUCCCGUUCCAGCUAGUAUUCACAUUAUCAUUUCAGUGACCCUUGAUGUCUUCUGUCGACAAUCCCAUCUUUUUCCCAAGCUGUUUUCCAUAGGGACCUACAGAGGUUAGCAUUAGGGCUUUCAAACGCUGCUGUUCUACAUCUGAUUUCUAUUUCCAUGGCAUCACAAGACAGGAAAAGAAUGCAGUCGAUAGAUGGUCUGUUCGCUUGUGAGGAUUUCGGGAGUGGGAAAGUGAUAGCACUGAAGGACUUCAUCUAACUUAUAUUUUUGUCACGAGUACACUUGCCAUCUACUCUCUAAGACUUUACAAACUAUUAAUCCCAGUCACCAUGUUUCAUGACACAUCUCCCAACUCUCUCGCUUAUGGUAUAGAUCUACCUCCCACUCUCGACCCCGAUGCUGCACAUCCAGCCUCCGCCACUCAAACCCCAGUAACCGGCAUCUUACUGUUCCUAGGAGAAAACAGCUUCAGAUUCUACAUGACUGAGACCAUGGGGGUCUGUCUUUUGUUUAAAGAUGAAGUAUUUGUCUUCAAAGUUAUGUAUGUUGGGUUAUGUGUCCAUGACCACAGGUGCCUCUGGAAACCAGAGCUAUAGGCUUCCCUGCAGCUUGAGUUCCAGGCACUGUAGCUGUCAGGAGACUGAACUCGGUCCUCUGGAAAAGCCAUAGUGGCUCUCAACCCCUGAGCCAUCACCAUCCCCCGUGCUUGCCUUCCUCUUUAGCGUAUUGCAUGUGUGCAUCCAUUUUGUAGUAAAUGAUUCACUGUGCGUGAGCCCCAUCCUCCAUGUGCUUGGUCCAUUCGUCUGCUGGUGAGGUCGCGUAUCACUGCUAUGGAAAUGAUGCUGGAAGAGCGGUGGGAGUGUAAAUGUCUCUUGCUGAUGCUGAUGUUAUUUCCUUUUUUUGGUUUCCACUCCAUAGUGGGAUGGAUGGAUGGAUCAGGGUUGUGCCCACCAGACCUGUGCGCACCAUGCAUGUGCCUUGAGAGGCCUGAAGAGGGCGCCAACUCCCCUGAAGCUGGAGGGGAGGAAGCCUGAAGAAGAAUGGCCAGCUCCAGUUCUCAACACAUGGUCUGUGGGUCAGUGACAUUUAGGGAUGUGGCUGUUGACUUCUCUCAGGAGGAGUGGGCCUGCCUGGAUGCUACUCAGAAGGUGUUAUACAGGAACAUAAUGUUGGAGACCUACAGCAACCUGGUCGCAGUGGUGGGACGUUGUAUUUCCAAGCCAGAUCUGAUCGUCUUACUAGAGCAGGAGAAAGAGCCCUGGAUGGCUGUGAAGGAAGAAACAGACAGGCCGAGCCCAGAUGUGGAGACAUGUGUUGAAGCUGAAAAUAUAUCUCCGGAGAAUCAUAUGUCUGAUGUAAAUUUACACAAACAGAGCAUAAGGCAAUUCAGUAAAACUUUUGACCUUAAAGAGUCUACUUUUAGUGAUGGCCCCAGCUGUAGUACAUUCAAAGGACUACAGGGUUAUCAAGGAGAUGCUGAUGAAAGGGUUACUAAGAAGGAAAGAGUGCCUCCUUGUACCUGCCAGACUCUUGCUCACAAUACAGAAAAGGCAUAUGAGUGUAAAGAGUGUGGGACGUGCUUCGAUUGUAGUUCAGCUCUUACUCAGCAUCAGAGUGUUCAUGCUGGAGAGAAGCUCUAUGAAUGUAAGGAGUGUGGGAAGGCCUUCAGACUCCCCCAAGAGCUCACAAGGCAUCAGAAGUCUCACAGUGGUGAGAAACCUUUCCAGUGUAAUGAAUGUGGAAAGGCUUUUCAUCUUCCCGACCUGCUGAAAUAUCAUAAAGUCAUUCAUACAGGUGAAAAGCCUUUUGAAUGUGAAGUAUGUGGGAAGUUCUUCAGCCGUGUCUCCAGCCUUGCUGAACAUAGGAUUGUCCAUGCUGAUGUGAAACCCUAUGAGUGUAGUGAGUGUGGGAAAGCCUUUAAACGUCGCUCAGACCUAAUGCAACAUCAGAAAAUCCAUUCUGGUGAGAGACCCUUUCAGUGUAAGGACUGUGGGAAGGCCUUCAUUGUUCUGGCACAGCUCGCUCAGCACCAGAGCAUUCACACUGGAGAGAAAUUGGAAUGUAAGCAUUGUGGGAAGAUAUUUAGUAGUGGUUUUUACCUUGUACGACACCAGAGUAUUCACACUGGUGAGAAACCCUUUGGGUGUCAUGUCUGUGGCAAGGCUUUUAGGCUUCAGGUAUACCUUAAUGAGCAUCAGAAAACUCACACCGAUGAGAAACCUUUCAAGUGUAAGCUGUGUGGGUCAGCCUUUAGACGUAAAUACCAGCUCAGUGAACAUCAGAAAAUCCAUACCAAUGUGAAACCGUAUCAGUGCAAAGAAUGUGGGAAAUCCUUUCGUCGACGAUCAAAUUUUACUGAGCAUCAGAGUAUUCACACUGGAAAGAAACCCUUUGAAUGUAAGGACUGUGGGAAGGUCUUUAGACUAAAUAUACAUCUCAUUCGACACCAGAGAUUUCAUAGUGGUAAGACACCUUUUGAAUGUAAUGAAUGUGGAAAGGGCUUUCAUUUUUCCAGCCAGCUUAAUUACCAUAAAACCAUUCAUACAGGUCAGACACCUUUUGAAUGUAAAGAAUGUGGGAAGUCUUUCAAGCGCAUCUGCAGCCUUUUGGAACAUGGGGUUAUUCAUGCUGCUGUGAAACCAUUUGAAUGUAGUGAGUGUGGGAAAACCUUUAAUCGUCGCUCAAACCUCAUACAACAUCAGAAAAUUCAUUCUGAUGAGAGACCCUUUGAGUGUAAGGACUGUGGGAAGGCCUUCACUGUUCUGGCUCAGCUCACACGACACCACACUAUUCAUACUGGAAAGAAAUCAUAUGAAUGUGAGCAGUGUGGGUCAGCCUUCAGACUCCCGUACCAACUCACUCAACAUCAGAGAAUUCAUGAUGAUGUGAAACCAUUUCAGUGCAAGGAAUGUGGAAAGGGCUUUGUUCGUGGUACAGCUCUUAGAAUCCACCAAAGAGUCCAUACUGGUGAGGCCCUUCCAGUGUGAAAAAUGUGGAGAAGGUUUUUCCAAUAUCAUUACCAAUUUCUUGGACAUUUUAGAAUUCAUACUGGCAAGAAGCCUUAUGAAUGUAAAGAAUGUGGGAAGGACUUUGCUCGUGGUGGAGACCUUAACGUACAUCAAAGAAUUCACACUGGUGGGAAACCAUACCAGUGUUAAAAGUUCAAAAUCAAGCUUGGUUUGAAAUGCUAAAAUUCAUAUUAAUAAGAAACCACCUGGAAAGUCCUGGAGUAAUUCUAAGAUAGCUGAAUUCAUACUGGUAAGAAAAUGUUAAUCCGUCUGGUGGAGAAUAAGACCACACCACUGCCGGGUGUGGUGACACACACCUUUAAUCCCAGCACUUGGGAGGCAGAGGCAGGCGGAUUUCUGAGUUCGAGGCCAGCCUGGUCUACAAAGUGAGUUCCAGGACAGCCAGGGCUACACAGAGAGACCCUGUCUUGAAAAACAAAAAACAAAACAACAACAAUAAAAAAGACCACACCACAGUUUAAAGCCAAGUUUGAAGUAGGCUUUAAGUAAAUACUGGCCAGGUGAUGGACUCCCUGGCCAGGUCCAGCUUUGGGUUUCCAGAAAAAACCAUGAGUCCCACCUUGCAGGGGCUUAGAUAGGCACCCCCACAAGGCCGCUGUAUUUUCCACCAGGUACAAGCAGGGGUAAGCAUAUAAUCUGACUUGUUUCCUACUUAGGUACCUCCUGCCUACAUAUCAAAUGGGGGGCUGGGUACUUCCUAAUAUAUUUCCUUCUCAUGGGCUUCCUCUCCAACCUGUGAUGAAGAACAUCUGGUAUAGUUGGGGCAAACAAACUUGUUAAGGGGAAUGAAAGUGUGGCUUGUUAUUGCCCAUAAACAAUAGCCUGCAGUAUUUCAGGAACUAUUUGACCUUGGGUAAGGGGCUUACAGGCUAGCAGCAUUUUUGUUUCCUAGGUCUUAGGCACAGUAAUUAAAACUUGGAACGUAACUUUGGCUCUUACAAAGCUCUGUGAAGGUAGGAAAUGCGGAUAAUGUUUAGAUUUAGUUCAGCCUUUACUACACACUGGAGAAUUCAUACUGGUGUGAAACCCUUAUCACUGUAAAUAACAUGGAAAGACCUCUAAUUAGCCCUCAAGCCUUCUUCAAAAUAAAAUAAUCCAUGCUGGUGUCAAACAUGACUGCAAAGGAAUGUGGGAACAGAGACCCCAUGGAUGUCAAGACUGUGGGAAAGCCUUUAUUGUAAAUUGUGAGCUUAUACAAAAUCAGAAAAUCCAUGUUCAGAAGUCCUGUGCAUGUAAGGGAAGUGGACAAGCUUUUGUCUGGAAAUUUUACUGAUCAUCAGAGAACUCAUAUUGGUAAGAUUGUGACUUAAAAGAAUGUAGGAAGGACUUUAAUUUGCUCUAGGAUUUGGUCAAUAUCUGAAUAUUCAUAUGCUCUUCGUGCCAAGAAACCCUUUGAGAAUGAGUGUGCCGAAAGUCUGUGUUUAGAGAAGAUUCUCUGGUGAGAAUGUUCUUGACUUACUCUCCUCUUGUUAAUUCUACACCCUUAACGAAACAUUACUCAGUCAAUUUAGAAAGAGCAGUUAUUGGAAGUAGGAUUAUUUAUGGUAUCUUUUUUGUCACCAUUAACACUAAGGGGCUCCUGUGAUAUUAGACUGGAUGUUUCUUUCGGCAUAAUUUGUUAAUGGUGAGCAUGGUACCAGGCAGACGUGUGGAAACAGGGUUAUAAUGGAUAGAGAAUACUUAAGAGUAUUUGGUAUGUUCUGUGAAGUAGCUUCUACAGUGUUGGUGCUCUCACGGGCGUUACUGUAAUGGAAAUGAAAGACAAGCUGUGUCGCAGAUUUUUUAGAAAAGCCUCAUGCAGUCCUCCAGUGUUAAAUUCCAAAUACUUCCCUAUGGGUAAAAUCUAAUAGAUGAACAGGUACACACACACACAAAAUCUUCAUUCCCAAUCCAUUCCUUAAGCUUUUGUGCAGAGAUGUCAAAAACACAGCUGUUGGUGAAUAAGUACUCUUUAAAGGAGUUAAACACAUGUAACUUUCAAAAGCUAAAAUCAUGUAAUUUAUGCUCUCUGCCCAGACAUUAAGAUAAAAGACAUUUGUGACAGGGAAAGACAGUGCAGUCUCCUCCAUCUCAUAUUUUUGUGGAAAGUUACCCAAUUCUAUGAACCAGAGGUAAAGCUGCCCUUGCUAAUUUAUCAUGGCUUCUGUCAAACUGCCACCAUGCUCAAAUCUCUCCUUUCAGCUAGCCUCUUGUCUUGGCUUCUGUUAAACUGCCUGCUUGUGCAAAAGCUUCCCCUGCAGCUGUUGAACAAAAUAACAGAAUGUAGUCUUUGCUUUUAAUAGCCCCUUACUCUAAACACUUGGAGCUAUAAUUAGAUCGUAUAUACCUGAGUGUAGUUCCAGACAACUGGAAUAAAGUCUUUCAGUUGGCUAAAA